UCCCGAGACACGAGCCGAACUGGGCGUCAGGUCGGGGAGCGGGUCGGGUUCCCGCUCGCCGCCGCCGCCGCCGCCCCCCGCAGCGACUCUCCCGCCUCUCCCACCGCGCCGGCCGCAGGAGCUGCAUCGCCAACUCUGCUCGGCCGUGGAGCUGCCGGCCCGGGAGCACUGAGCCCGGGACGCAGCGCGCCGAGCCCCCUCAUCAUCUCCAGCCGGGGCGACCCCUCCCGGGUCCGCCCUCGCUCUGCGCGGCCGCCGGAGCCCCCAGCCCUGAGCGGCUCGGUGGACCGGCGCCCGCAUCCCGGGCCCCUGCACUCCCGUAGCCGCCGCCCCCCACCCUGAACAUGGACUCCGACUCUUGCGCCGCCGCCUUCCACCCGGAGGAGUGCUCCCCCAGUUACAAGAGGCGCAGGACUGUGGAGGAUUUCAACAAAUUCUGCACCUUUGUCUUGGCCUAUGCUGGCUACAUUCCUUACCCAAAGGAGGAACUCCCUCUGCGGAGCAGCCCCAGCCCUGCCAACAGCACCGCUGGCACCAUUGACAGCGACGGCUGGGACGCUGGCUUCACUGACAUUGCGUCCGCGGUGCCCCUGCCGGUCUCCGACCGCUGCUUCGGCCACCUGCAGCCCAGCCUCCUGCAGCGGGCCAAGCCCAGUAACUUCCUGCUGGACAGAAAGAAGACAGACAAGCUGAAGAAGAAGAAGAAGAGGAAGCGAAGGGACGGCGACGUGCCCGUGAAGGAGGGGUACAUGGGGAGCCUGCUGAAGCUGGAAGCCGCCGACCCCUACGUGGAGACCCCCACCAGUCCCGCCCUGCAGGAUAUCCCCCAGGCCCCCGGCGAGCCCUGCUCAGGCUGGGACUCCGACACCCCUUCCAGCGGGUCUUGUAUCACUGUGUCGCCUGAUCAGGUCAAAGAAAUAAAAACUGAAGGGAAACGGACUAUUGUCCGGCAGGGAAAGCAGGUGGUGUUCCGGGACGAGGACAGCACUGGCAAUGACGAGGACAUCAUGGUGGACUCAGAUGACGACUCCUGGGACCUCGUCACCUGCUUCUGCAUGAAGCCAUUUGCCGGCCGCCCUAUGAUAGAGUGCAACGAGUGCCACACCUGGAUCCACCUGUCCUGUGCGAAGAUUCGGAAAUCCAACGUUCCGGAAGUGUUCGUCUGCCAAAAGUGCCGGGACUCCAAGUUUGACAUCCGCCGCUCCAACCGCUCCCGGAUGGGCUCGCGGAAACUGUUUCUGGACUGACUGUUGGUGAGCGAGCAGAGCGUGGGCGAGGAAUCAGAAAGGACGAGGGGCCUUUUGGCCCCUCUCUUAGUUGAGCACAGAACUCUCAGCUCUGGUGCGGGCAGACCCCUGCCGUUCAGGUGCCUAAGCCAAAGGACAGGCUGUCCAAGGUAUGACCUGUACAUAGCCAGUGACUGAAUAAAAUCCUCGUUGGCCAAAGCUGCUGCUAGAGCUGUGUUCUCUGCAGUGGAGGCGGACUCACCACCCGAGUCCAGUGGGUUCGGCUCGCCUGCAGGUGAGGGCAGCGGUAGUUGUGGAUUCUUGCUAUCAUGGUUAACAAGCUCCCGCCGGUUGGAACCAGUGCUGUUUUCCUGCUUCCGCUGUCUUGGGAGAGGAGAUGUUCAGUUUCCCAGGCCUGUUAACGAACAGCCAUACGUGUAAGCUUUUUCUCAAGUGUAAGUCUUUGACCGUAAGUGUCUGUACAGCAACCAUCGAGCUGCCCCUACCUUCGUGGCCUGCCCUCUCCCUGCCUUGGCUGCUACCUGUCCGUCCCCGCAGGCUCCCAGCUGGAGUCGUCUGGUCUCACUGUGAGAGGAGCCCUGAGGCGGUGGCUAGCUAGCGAUCCCUAGGUUUCCUUCUGUUUGUUCAAAGGGACAGUAUGUGGCCGCUUCUUGGCGGAAAAGGGGUUGGUUGGGGGGUUGAGGUGGCCCGUGUUCAUAACUCAGUUUCCUGUUUUGCACGAUGUAAAAAACCUGUCUUUUUGCACGAUAUAGCCAAAAGUAUUGGCAGAUUUCUGCUGGGGUGCCCUUCCCAGUUGGUGUGUGAGGUCCUAGGGGUGCCCAGGCGAGCUGUUUUCAAGCAAGAGGGCACCUGGAGUCCGUCCUCUCUUUCCCUCACUUUGUUCCAGUAGCAACGUCAAGGUUAAGCCGUCACGGGAACAGCGUUCCUCUGCAUCAUGAGGUAGAGAAGACUCGAGGGGAAGGCCUCUCCUGUGGUUGAUUCUUAGGAUGCCCUCACACAGGCUGGCCUGCUGGUCUCACGGGGCACGGUCAGAAUUUGAAACCUUUUUCGUUUCGUUUUGGUUUUUUUUUGGUUUGAAAUUGGUGAGUGAGCGAUACAGCAACAUUGGCCUCCAGGACUAUACCACUGAGCCGUGCAGACUUCUUUAGAUCUGAACUGGGACCCUGGACUGG